GCGGAGGAGGUCAAGGCCGAGAUGCGAUUCUGUUGGGAGAACUACCGAAAGCAGGCCUGGGGCUACGACGAAGUGUUCCCAGUGACCGGAGGCGGCCAGAACCCGCUCGGGGGACUCGGGGUUACCAUCGUGGACAGCUUGGACACCUUGUACUUAAUGGGGCUGCACAAGGAAUUUCGAGAGGGGUUGGAGUUUGUCCGGAACGAACUGAACGUGACGGCGCCGAAAGCGGAUUUUACGUCUCGAAAAGCGCACCUAGACGAUCUGCGGUUGCUAAAUCGUCCAGACACUUCAGGAGGACGAGAAUUGAACAAACACAGGAAAAGAGAGGAAAAAAAGUUCUCCACCUUCGAGAUCACCAUUCGCGCCUUGGGUGGACUGCUCUCCGCCUACAGUCUGAGCUCCGAAAAACCGCUGCUGCAGAAGGCAGAGCAGCUGGGCGACACGCUGCUC